UUGCAGUGCAUAACGGAACGCACCCGGAACGCACCCUUCGUAUGACAUGUAACAGCUGGUUUGUCGCGAAAAGAGGUUAAUGAAAGUCGCCGUAUAGAGACAUAAGAGAGAGUCACGAUAGAAACUGAAAUUUUAAAUUGUAAAUUACAUCCGCAGAUCGAAAUAUUGAUGCUAUCACUGCGUUUGUCAUAUCCGCAGUGUGUUAUUCAUGUUGUAAUAGUUUCGCGACGUGUUUUUACAAAAGUCGUGUAGCUUGUCAUUUAACAGACAAGUCUACAUGCUUAGCAGGAUAUAUAGUAUUCAUUCCAAAUCAUCGCAUACUAUUUUAUUAAAUAGAGAGAUGGUAUAUAUAAAUUAUAAAAUACAUUAUUUAUUACAUGAAAAGAUCAAAGAAAGAUUUCUGAUCUGAGACACGGAGUCUUACUAUUUUUAAUGAAAGAAGUUUAUAAAAAUAUGAUAGUUAUCUUGCGCUGCCAAACACAAUGUUUAAAUUGGAAUCUUAUAUAACACCAGUAAUUCUCAGUUAUGUAGAAAAAUAUGUAAAAAAUUUAAAACCAGAACAAUCACAGGUAUCCUUGUGGGGUGGAGAUGCAUCAUUUCAAAAUCUAGAUCUACGAUUAGAGGUAUUGGAAGAGCAACUUAAUCUUCCAUUCGUCUUUGUUAGUGGCCACAUACAUGAAUUGUUGAUACAUGUUCCUUGGGUAAAAAUUACCUCUGAACCAAUAGUUGUUACUAUUAAUACUAUAGAGUGCAUUUUAAAAUUGAAAGAUGAGAAUAUCACAGAAGCUAAUACAACGACACUACAAAAAAAGGAGAUGGUGCAAGAGGAAGCUCCACCUGGGUACAUAAAAAGUAUAAUCACAAAAGUUAUUAAUAAUAUUACUAUUCACUGCAAUAAUCUUAUCUUGAAGUAUGUAGAAGAGGAUAUUGUGCUUAGCGUAAAUGUCAAAUUAUUAAGUAUGCAAACUGUCGAUAAUAAGUGGGAGCCAGCAUUUACCGACGUCAACACUCAGGAAGUGAUGCUUAGGAAAGUUAUCACUAUCCAGGAUUUGACAUUGUGUUUAGAUAAAAUGGAUGCAUCGGGGAAGAUAGAAAUUUAUCAGGAUCCCGUUUUAUAUCGAUGCUCAAUGACAAUCCGCAUGAUUAUAAACUAUCACAGUAACACUUCAAAGAGAGCAUCCAUCACGAGACUUGAUCUUCAUUGUGAAAAAAUGGAGUUUAGUAUGACCGAACAACAAGUCCCGAUGCUCCUCAGAUUAGCGGCCUUGAUAAUGGUAUUACAAACGAAACAAUUUUCAGUAAGCAAGGAAAAAUCUUCUAUUUCUGUGGAUGAAAGAGAAGAUAUUAUACAAGAUGAUACAAGUCAAGUAGUCGGAACUUCAACCGAUGUUGUUGGAUGGGGUGGAUGGGCUUGGGACAUAGUAUCUUCUGUUUUGCCUGUUGACUGGGAUAAUAAUUGGUCUACUGAACAACAAAUAGCAUAUUCUGGUCAUACUAUACACCUAGGUGUUUAUAUAGAUGAUGCUACUUUAACAUUUAAGACUGUCGAAAGCGUCAAAGAGCAAUUAUUUUACAAAUCUCGGAAACUUAGAUAUAAAUCCUUCUUAUCACUUCGAUUAAAUGGAGUUGUGAUGGAUACAUUAAUUCAAGGAAUCACAAUGACAACCUUUCAAGUAGGAGUGGCAUGCAUUCAGCUUUAUCCACGAGGAAUAUGCAGUUGCGGGCAUGUAGAAGUCGUUGAUGGUAUACAGCCGCCUCUUUACGUAACAGCUGGGAACUUGAAUAUUGAUUAUCUAAAAGAUUCGUUGUUUGACAAAGAAGCCAUAGAAAAUAAGGGGAAGAAGAGAGAUUACAAGCAAGGAAUAGAUUAUCACUUGACGAUAGCUUCGGUCGAAAAAUUAUUAGAAAGAUGUCCAGCAUUCGUGAUGGAUUAUGUUUAUUGUGUGGAAUUGCCUGAUGAUAUAACACCUGAAAGACUGCUCGAGUUUGGAUCAAACUUUGAAUACAGCAAUUUUCAGGAACGCAGGAUAAUAAGAUAUCUGUCAGGAGAUCUGACAAUUAGAAUAUGCUCUGGUAUUUUUCAUCGUAUUGAUACUAUCAAACAAGCUGCAGCAAAAUAUGAUUAUAGUCCCUACAUUGUAAUAAAACCUGAUCCUCUCAUUGAUGAAUUACCUCCAGUUACAUUAGAAGAGUACGAAGCACUCAGAGAGAAUGUAUCGAUGACGGAAACAAAGUUAAUAUUAAAAACAGCGUCACUGCAAUUACAACUGGCAGAUCAUUGCGUCACGGGAGUGCCGCGACAACGUAAAAUUGUCGAAGCUCGGACCACUCCAUUAUCUCCAGCUCUUACGGAUGAUCCUUUUGUAAGCAUUGAAUGCGACGAAGCAAUUGCCACUAUAAUUCAGCCUAUGUAUCCGUUCAGACUCGUGGCUUGUGCGUCAAAAUUAACAGAUUUACAACCGGAAAUGUUUACUCAAUGCCACGCAAUUACUGAUAUACAAAUAACUGGAGUGAAAAGUCAACUUCAUUUGACAAAAACUUGUGAUACUUCAAUAGUAAUGCCUUUCUCAGUGGAAGCUUCUUUAAAAAUAUUAUUAUAUCCUCAAUAUUGGCGAGACAUAGAUAUGGUUCAAAAAUCAUACUCUUCUCAAUCGGAUAGUGUUACCAUCACAGGGACUAAGGCAAAAUUAAUGGCUGCUGUAUCUAUAGCAACUUCUAUUUUUAGUUCUGCAGAUACAACAAAUCCACUUAUCUGUUCUACUCUUUUUAAUGACGCCUGUCAAGAGAAAAGUCCAGUGUACUUAGAGCUAUACUUAGAAAAUAUAAUGUGUAAAAAUGUAUCAUCUUCCGUUAUGAUAUCAAACGAAAUGAAUGUAAGCUCUAUAAAAAUAUUUGCUCUCAAUGAUUCACAACAAGCUUUUAUUUUUUCGGGUCCAGAAAAUUAUGACAACAAUGACACAGAAAAUGUACCACUUUUAUCUAGUGUAGUGCAGUUUCCUAAAAAUGUCGAACUGCAUACCCAUACACAUCCAUCACUUGUUUCGUUUAAAAUUUCUGAAAUCAGAGCUUCGUUAGAUCCACUUUUCUUUGAAUGGUUAAAGUAUCGUGCCACAUAUCAUAAAUCAGGAAGCGUACAUGUAUUACGUUCAGAUAGCCAACAAUUGAUCACCGAAGGUACAUCGUCCGAUACAGGUACUAGAAAAAAAACAUUUCCAAGUCUAUACGAAAGUGUGCAUAGUUCGUCAGACAAAGAAAAAAAGAGAUCAGCUGUGACAGAAAAGUCGAAAACACUGCGGUACGAUGAAACGCAAAAGAAAACUGAAUCUAAAACAGACGAAGAACAACAGAAAUCGGGAAUAUUGGUCAAAUUAGCAGAAUCGUAUUCGUGGUGGUGCAAUCUUGUGCUAAAUGGUUACAUAGGGCAUAUUAUCAUUUACAUACCAUCCAAUACAAUGAGUGGCAUUGGUGCUGAUGGCAUAGAACAAGCCAAAGACAGAGCCUUAAUAGAGAAUGAAGAUUUAGAAAUAAUGAUAAUAAAACUACCAAGUCUUCUUAUACACUCGUCUAAUUUGAAUGCCGAUUCAUUGAACCCAUAUCUACAAAAUCUUCCUGUCAAACUGCCAGAAUCUAUGUGGGCAUCUCCAACACAAAGCUUUCCAUGGACAUUAAGCCUUAUAGACUUUCAUUGUUACACAUUGCAACAGAGAACACAAAAGAAUUUUAUAAAGAAAGUUACAUUAAACGCUACAGUAGCUCUUACAACUAAGACAGCUGCAAUUCAAGCAAAUACACUUACUGCUUUAAGUAUUUGCGUACAUAUUGAUAAUUCUCCUAUCUUUAUUUCACUUUCAGAGGAACAGGUUGUCUUCAUGAGCAAUAUAGUUUUAAAUAUCAUAAAAAUAUUACAAACUCUAUACGAUUCUCGAGAAAGUAACACGAUUGUACGACAGAUGAGCAAUGAAAUGCAAAUUGUUCUCCCUGCCAUACCUCAAACUCCGUCCACUCCGACACAAAUAAUGUAUCAAGAAGAUACAACUACUAAUUCAACCAUAUCUACAUCAAAAGACGAUUUAGGAUACGAGAAAGACACUUUAGUUGUAACAGCAUGGAUUCAGUGGACUAUAACAAAGGUAGCAGUUAAAUUAUACAUUAUAGAAGAAGAUGGAUCUUCUUUAAAAUUGAUGUUGGAACUGGAGGAUAUUAUAACAUCCUUAGACUUACAAUCGGUCUACAUGCAAUUAAAAAGUAAAAUAACAACAGCUACGAUAUUACAUUAUAUCAGAGGUCCACACGCAUUAAAUUGGGAUGCUGGCGAAUAUGCUGGACUAGUACUUUGUGGAAGGGAAGAUAAUUUAGAGAAAGGUGAUGAUUCGGGUUUUCUAAGUUUUACACUUACUCGUGCAAAAUCAGGAAAUGUGUACACUCGUUGGGGUACCCAUAAACGUUACAAAUUACAAAAGAAAGAAAUGCUGAUUGAUUCGACGUUGUCUAUGAACGGCUAUAUUUCUGAAAUAUUUAUCAAAAUGCAAAUGGUCGAUAUAAUCCUACCACUCAGUGUAAUUGGUAAAUACACCCAAUUGGUAAAACCUUUUGCACGUCUCGGUUCUAUCGAGAAAAGUGCGGAAGUCACUCGUGGUAAAAGCACGUCAACGCCAUUAACUGGUAUAAUUACUCUGAAUAAUGAAUCAUUACCAUUGAUACAUUUGGAGUUUAAAGGUUUUCGACUUCUGAUGCCAGCCUUAAGUCAUGCAAAUAAAUUACAACACGAUUUACUGAUGCUCCAGUUGGACGGAAUUCGUAUCACGCCGGAUGCGGAAAAUCCAAUUUGCAGAACUCCAUUGCGAACUGACAUAUAUCAAUUGGCUGCGCAAGCAAAUAUAUUAAAUGUACCAGGUUCGGCCGUGGAAGAUCGUCAGUAUCAAAUUAGUGUUAAAGGAGUGUGUGCAUAUACUACCACAUGGAGAAAUUAUCAACUAAGCAUUAAUAAGAGGAUGUCUCAAUCAUACUUAUAUACAAUGAAUGAGAAUCCUGCAUUGGAAUGGAAUAAACUCGGAAAUGGUAGUAGUCUCGAUCCAUAUUUCUCUACAUCUCCUGUAUUAACAAAAUUUGAUCUCUGCUUGAUCAUUGCACCAGCUGUCAUAUUUAAAAAUGACACGAUAGUGUGUGGAAGUGCUAUAGAAGUGAAUUGCAUUACAGACAUAGAAUUGACAAUAAAUUUGGAUCAAAUUAAAUUAAUAUCGACACUCAAUAAUGAAUUUGUAACGCUAUUGUCUGGAAGUUUUGAGAAGACAGAAGAUCAAAAUAGUUUCAAUAAUACAGUUCAAAAGUUUCCUUCAGGCUCUCAAGGCAUAAAACCUAUCAGUGGGUUAAAACAGACAUUAGAUGAUUCAAUAGAUAUCGAUUAUAUGAAAGACAGUGGUGUUGAUUUUGAAAUGUCCAGUGUACAUUCGACAGUAAUUGGAAGAUCUGCGGUUGCUGAAACCAUGAUAUUUCCACCAUUUGAAUUUUUAGUAAAUUGUGGAAAGAUAACGCUUAUUUUAUAUGAAGUUCACAAUGCAUUCCUUGAUUUAGAGGAUAAUGUAGAUAUACAUAAAAUUGAUUGUGAAGACGAUAACGAUAAUUUAAAACAGCCAUUAUUUUAUUUAAUGAUUAAUCAACCGAAUAUUUACUUUUCUCAGCAACAUUUAUUUAAAAAAUUCAAGUAUAUAUCCUGUUUUGACAUAACGACAUCACUUGGUGAAGCCCAAAAUCUAAACAUGAUACCAACUGAAAAGGAUUUCAAAAUUUUUAUGAUAGAAACGAAGCACGGAGAUCCACAUCCAGACACGGGUAUUCCACCUUCUUUUGUUACAAUAAAAUCAGAGAUGAUUCUAGGCAAAAAUCGACAAUUUUUUAUUGAAAUGGGAAGGCCGACAAAAAUACAUCUCUCUUUAUCUCGGCUCAAUCAGCUUUAUAAUAUACGGAAUAAGGUAUUAUCGUGUUUCAUGGACCGCGACGUUACGCAAGUAUCAACCAAGAAAAAAGAGGCUGCAGAUUCUCAAAAUUUAGUAGCACCGACAAAAUCGAAAAAAUUCAGUGUACCUGAUCUACAUUUAAGUACAAAACUAAUCGUAUUAUCUUUAAAGACUGACACCGGAGCAGAAAUUAUUACAAGUUUAGCAUCGUUAAACGGGAAUCUGUCGACACUCGUGAGACCGGACAGGAUAUAUUCAAACUUAUCUAUAGAUUCCUUUAUUAUAUCUGCGAUCUUAAACGGAAAUAUCAAAGUAUUAUUAAAUCCAUGGUGUUGCAACAUAACAACCUGCUUACUUUGGGAAUCUUCGUACAACAGCGAAGUGAUUCCGCAGAUACAGAUACAGGCAGACAGUGAAAGUCUAUAUCUUGAUUUUGGACCUGAUCAGAUUAAAAUUAUAAAAAUGGUCAUGCAAGAUUGCCAGUUGCUCUUAAGCGAAUUUGCCUCGUUCUCUACGAGCGAGAAUAAAAAUGAGAAGCAAAUUGUACUAUCGACCGAACAACAUUACAAGGAUGAUUUAAAGGCUGGUGCAUUCCAAUUUGUCGAUGGCACUGCGGACGAGUUACCUUUUCCAUAUCAAGUAGUAUUCUUUGCUUAUCCUCAGCAAGCGAUGGCUUGGAGAUAUCCGCAACCGCGUACAUUAACGAGAAUACAUAUAUCUCCUGUUCCAUUUGAAACGAUGGACGCCGAUGGCAAUUAUAUCGACAGAAUUUCCUGCAUCCUCGAAUAUUGGAGUGACAGUCACAUGUCAUAUCAACGUUACGCAGAUUUUUACUUAUCGGAAACAGAUUCCUAUCGAUUGGAUUUGCCGGAGAGGGCACCAGCACGUGCGGUGGCCUGCGUGUGGCGCGUGAUUAUUUCUUCCAACAACAAGCGAUCGCUCUCCAGAAGCAUCGUUUCCGCGCGAGCCCUCGCAGCUUGUUUGCGCAUCGAUUCUUACUUUAAUCCUCUGUUAAUACCCAACGUGCAGAUCGCUUUAAAUAUCGGUGUGCUUCACGUGUCUCUGUACAAUCAUAUCGAUACGUCUGUGUACAGUAAUCUGCCACCACCGUUGGAUAGGUACAUGCUGAACGGGAGGAUCCCUGAGAUACAAUGUUUCAUGUCCAUGGAACAAAAAGGGGCUGUUCUGGUGCUUAACAAAUGGGUGGACGAUUCCACGUUAAUCGAUAUCGGCGGUACCUUAAGCAUACACGUGUUAGAUUACAGUCAUUUGACCAUGCAAGAGGUGUUGGAUUCCCUGGAAGGAAGAUUACAAUUGUCAUUAUCGGACAAGAUAGACGCAUCGUUAACGAGCAACCCGUUUACGCUGAAAUUGGGUCCGGCGAUCAUUCAUACUCUUACGGUCUCCACCCGACUAUGGCUGGCGUCUUUCGACGAAGAGGAGAAAAAUGUGAUUGUCCUGACGCGUUAUGUAAUUGCCAACGAUAGCAAUGUACCUAUCCGUUUUGGUCAAAGUGGCACCGGCGACAGUAUACUUCUCGAAAGCAGACAGUGUAAUUUUUACUCGUGGCGACAGAUUGGCAAUCAGAUGAUACGAAUAUCGAUCGAAGAAAACGCUUGGGUGUGGAGUCGACCUUUUCCUGUCAAUACAGAUGGAAUCCACGUGAUAGAAUUCAAUAAUUCGAUGACCGGCACGGUGAUUUUUGUCAAUGUUACGUCACUUUCCACUACGCAGAAGCUUGUAACGUUCUCAGGGCAGCUCGUAAUUUCCAAUCAACUGAUAGAUAAUUUUGAAAUGAGAUUGGUAAAGUACGAGACAGAUGUCGGCUCUAAAGUAACGGUCUCGAAGGAGGUAUACCCCAUACCUGGUAAGAGUUUUCCUUCAUCUAUUAUGCUUGAAAAUAAUAAAAAGAUGGCUAUGCGGCUGCGUUUCACCAACUUGACGCACUUAUCUUGGACCGGCGACAUUCCUCUGCAACCAAACGUCAAAUGGGGCCAGCCCUGGCUCGUAAAAGUACCGCUUCAAGAACGCGGUCAAUUUCUAAGUAUCUGGGUACGGAUUGUAACGCAGACGAUACAGGACAAGGUGAAGAUUCUCGCGGUACUGAGUCCGCUUUAUAUGAUUAGAUCGCAUUUACCGGUAUCAGUUAGAGUUCAGAUGGAAACUCCGUCCUUGAAGACGUCGUUGAGCACGAUGGUCAACGGUCGCGGCGAGUGUCAGCAACUCUACUGCCCUGGUACGUUUGAGCACUUUCAUCAGCUGACGUUUCAACUAGAAUCCGGUGUCUGUGCAUCGAAUCCCUAUGUGCCGCUCUCGUACAGCUCGGUGAAUCAGCGAAAGUUCUUGAGAAGACCCGACGUCGAGGAUAUCGACAAAAUUCUGCGAGAUCUCAAAGACCGAAAGGACGACGCGAAAUGGCCUUUUCAAGGAGACGACACAGGGGAGGAAUGGAUAUCUGCAGAGCAGCCGCAGACGCACGUACAGGUGAAAUACCAAGAUGCAGGACUGGUCUCUAGUACCUUGUUGUUGGAACUACAGCCUUGGUGCUUCGUAAUGAAUUCACUAGGUUGUCAUAUCUCGCUAGUGUCGGAGGAUACAGAGCUGUGCCAGAUUCCUCACUACAGCAUAGUUACACCACCCAAGUUGGAAGGCACUUUUUACGUAGGCGUGGGAAUCGGCGAUACUUACUACACGUCACAGACACUGCAGUUGGCGCGACCCGACUGGAGCCAAAGCUUCUACAUGCCGCGAAUCAACGGCAUAAUACCGGUGAACGGAAACAUCAAGACGUUUGUGGACUGCGGCACAAGCGUGUCCAUCUUGAACAUCGGUUCCUCCAUGCACGAGGAUAUGCGUCUCGUGCGAAUCUCGAGCAGCCACGUGAUCGCUAAUCUGACAUCUCAAGAAUUGUGCGUGGCCACGUUUGCGGUGCACGAGGAAGCGAGAGAUCUGCAGCUGCCGCACGAUCUCACCCCUUGUAGCCUGAAUAUCUCGCCGUCUGAGGAUCAACAACAGGGUACACCAAUCGUACAAUGGUACACGCUGUACACGGAGAGCAGUGAACCGCUCGUAUUGUAUGUAUCUCUCAGCCUCGGUCACAAAUGGUCCUGUCCGAUUAGAGUGGACCAAACGAUGAGCCGGAAAUCCGUUGCAAUUCCAAACGGUUCCUCGACCUUGCCUGUUAUUGUGACAACGCAAGAAGAUAAAGGUACCACGUUCGUCGUGAUACAUAACGACGAUCAUCCACAAUUGUUGGUCGAGAACGCUUGCGACUUCAAGAUCCUGCUGGGACAAGCUGAUGAAAAAGGAAACGAAAUAUUACCGGAUACUGUCCAUUUUACAUGGAUGUGCGAAGUUGAUAGCGGAGCAAUAUUUCAUUAUUCCCUUCCCUGCGUCAGUAACAGACUACCUGACACUGUUGUUCCAAGCACGUCAAACGUGCUGUUAUUUUCUACCGUACAAAACGAUCAGGUGAUAGAAAAAACAAGUUUAAAAUGGUCGAGAGGCGUGAAUCUGUCCGCAUUAUCGUCUACACCGAUGGAUCAAUAUCUGCGAUUGCCCUCCUACGGCGACGUGAAGCUAAUAAUGCAGAAUCGUUGUUAUACAACUCACAUCAGCAUCGUGCCUAUCUCUCAGAUCGAAAUAUCCGCUCAAGAUAUUAGAAGCAGAUUACUACGGAAGAAGAGCACGUCAAAGGAUCACGAUACAAUCGCGCCCUUGAAAAGAUCAGAAGAGGAUAAACUGUUGCCGUAUAUACAAAGUUCAAGUAGUUCAACAUCGCUGACGAGUUUCUUCUCUGCUCAAGAAGACGUCUUACCGAUGGAAUCGAAUGUUUCAUCGUCGUCGAAGCAGUUAAUUCCGAAAAUGACGGAGAAAACUCACCCUGAUGAAAAUCAAUCCAAGUCCUCCAGCAAUGUCAUUUCGACAAAUCCUAGAGAAGGCUCUGUAACGGUUUACCUGCAUGCGUGUACCAUCGUCAUUCUUCAUGACAUCAAUGAAAAUGCCCAGAAAAUCGAAGUCGCGAGUCUGUCCAUGACGGAUUUAGUUGUCACUGUAAAUUCAAAGGCCAAAUUUAUUAAUCUAAAUUGCUACAUAGGUGACUUGCAAUUGGAUAAUCAAUUAUUCGAUCAGGGAGGUUUCGACUUUCCUGUAGUAUUGAUAAAUCAGAAUCCAUUGCCCAAUAGGGAGAUGAUAUUUUACAGCAAUAAUUGUUUACUGACGAAUAUAGAGAAAAUUAAACAAGAUUCUUUAAUAACUGUCGAGUACGUCUGGGAAGUAAACGGAUGUAUGAUAGCAUCAAAGGAAUAUCGCAUGAGAAUUGCACCAAUUAGCGCAUAUAUCGAGGACACGUAUAUAACGCAAUUGUUGGAUUACGCAACUACGAUGAUACCGCCGCGUUUGGUAUUAAAUGACAGUCCUAAGAGGAUACAAACGAUAGCUAUUGCGAACGCAAUGUACAUACCGGACUACAUCAUGAUCGACUCGAAAAUCUUGAGCAAGCCGUUGAGAUUGCAAAAUUUUAUAAUAGAGCCGCUGUCUAUUUUGUUGAGCGUCCACACCUCUGUACGAUUAUACGUCGCUCUGGAUCAUUCCCCGUUGUACUUCGGUACUUUCGAAAGGAAGAAUCUGCUGACCACCCCUUACAGGCUUGGCAAUGCACUUACUAUGCAUUACUUGUCCGGCGCUAUAUUCGGAGCAGGUUGGGUAGUGGGAUCAUUAGAAAUACUCGGAUCACCGGGAGGUUUGGCGCAAGCACUUGGAUCCGGGCUCAGAGACUUCGUUUCGCUACCGUUUCAAGGACUUUUGCAAGGUCCAUGGGGUUUCAUCGUUGGAAUCACACACGGGUCAGCCAGUUUAAUGAAACACGUUACAGCAGGUACGGUAAAUUCCGUAACGAAACUGGCAUCCAGCGUCGCAAGAAACUUGGAUCGUUUAACGUUAGAUGAGGAACAUCUUCAGCGACAAGAAGAGUCGCGCAGAAUGCGUCCUCAAGGCAUGGCGCAAGGACUUUAUCAGGGUUUAACUGGUCUCGGAAUGAGUUUACUCGCGGCCGUGGCUGGCUUGGCGCAUCAUCCUCUGCAGCAAGUGUGGUCAGGCGAGGCAACCACCAAGAGUUUAGUCACCGGAGUCGGACUCGGUUUAGUCGGCGUCGUAACUAAACCACUGAGCGGUGCUGCGGAAUUGGUCGCUCUUACUGGUCAAGGAUUAUUACAGGGAGCUGGAUGGAAUUCCUUGCCUACGCCACGUCAGAGACCAAUCGUGCAAUAUACUACUGGCAAUAAUAGCACAUCCGUGCGAUACACCUGGCGUUUGUCACCCUUGCUCGAUCAUAGCCACGACAGUAUUCUUCACGUGACCAGUGCAGAUUACGUCAUUCACCAGGGUAGCAAUCGCCCGAUGACACUCGUCCUCACGCGACAAGCUCUAUUACUCGUUAACAUGGCAGAGGACAGCGUAGAACGAAUAUUCUCGUUGAGAGAAUUGACGAGCGUUGAUCAUGUCACGGAAUCGACCAUGUUAUGCUUGUAUUGUCCACCAGCCGCGACGCAGUCGAGCAGACCUCUAUCGCCAGUCGAACACGAGAUGAAUCAAGAAAUGAGAGCGCGAGUUGAAGAAUACGUGAGGACAAGCAGCACUGGCUUGGCCAGUGUAUCAACCAAUAGUGACAGACAGUCUGACACCUUGGAGAAAACGUCUUCACAUCCAGAACAUACACUUACUUUUUACGUUUGUCCAGACACUCGUAAUUACUUACUAUCAUUGUUCAACAUUGCCAAGCGACAAAAUCAGGGUUCUGGUUUCGCUGUUUUGUAAUGAAUGUAAUACUUUCAAACAUUAUUUAUUAUUAACUGCAGUGACUGAGAGAGAAAAUAUUCCAAAUAAUUCUGUAUGAAUCAAAUGUAUUCAAAAUGUUUUCUUUGGGUAUUGAAACUUAAAUUUUAUAUGUACUUUUGGGAAAUUUGUUUCGAGAAGUUAUUAAAGUGAUAAUAGUAUUAUAACGAGAAAGAAAUUUUCAAAUACCCAAGUAAACAAUUAAUAUUCCAUUUGAAUAACCAUAUUUAUAAUUUUUAUUAAAUAUAUAUUGCAUAAUUGACGCUUUAUAUAUCGUUUUACAUACAAAAUGUUUAUUACGACUAUAUAGCAUAAAUUUAUU